CCAUUUCUCCAUCCGCCAGGGCUGACUAUAAAGAGAAGGGGAGAUGGCUUCAGACUCCAGAAGGACACAGGCAGCAGAAAGUGCCCAGGACCCUCUUGGCUUUGCUGACAAAGCUCAAGCUCACAUUCCACCCUCUGCUCAGAAUCAUGAAGGUCCCCGUGGCUGCUGCUGCCAUCCUUCUCUGCACCAUGGCUCUCUGCAACCAGGUCUUUGCUGCACCAUAUGGUGCUGACACCCCGUCAGCCUGCUGCUUCUCCUAUGGCCGGCAGAUUGCACGCAAAUUCGUAGUUGACUAUUUUGAGACCAGCAGCCAGUGCUCCAAGCCAGGUGUCAUCUUCCUAACUAAGAAAAACCGGCAGACCUGCGCUGACCCCACUGAGGCCUGGGUCCAGGAAUAUAUCAGUGACCUGGAGCUGAAUGCCUGAGUGGCUUGGGAGCAGCAAGGAACCCAGUGACCUUGGUGGGCUUGGCCGGGAGCAGGAGCCCAAGCAUUGGAAACGUGCCUGCAACCUCCACAGCUACCUCUCCUAUGGGCUGGCUGUUGCCAAACAGCCAUACUCUGGGACUCUUCUUAAUUUAAAUUUUAAUUUAUUUAUAUUAUUUAGUUUUUAUAAUUUAUUUUUGAUAUCACACUGUGUCUGUGACUGUUUGCUUAGUCUAAGAGAUCCCUUCUUUGCCACCCGUCCCCUCCCGCUUUGUGCACACUGUGGUUGGUGACAAUUGAAGGGCUGCCGUCAACUUAUUCUAGGCAGGCAUGGCACCGAAGCCACCAGACUGACAAAAAUGUAUGGGAUGCUUUUGUUCAGCACUGUGUUUAGCCCAGGGAAAUAAUAAAG